AUGGAACAUGAUGGUAAAGUAAAAAAAUUUGUCAUAAAGGAACGCGCUGCUGAUAUGGAAAAAAUAUCUAGAACUUUACGUGGAGAAAACACUCAUUUGAAACGAUUAACGAAAGCUGCAAACGAUUCGACAAUGAUUGAGUCUGUCAGUGAUUCCGAAGUGCCAGUAAUAAACGAUAAACCACUAUCGGAACAAUUGACAAGCAAUGCCCAAACGCGUGCCUUAAAAUUUGAAUUGAAAAAUCGACGUCUUUUAAUGUUGAUUGAAUCAUUAAAAGAAAAUUCAUUUCACGAAAGUUCAUCGCUUGUUUUUGAAUUGGAGAAAGAAAAAAAGAAGCUUUUAUUAAAAAUUGAAUCACUCACGGAUAAUAGUGAACGAAUAACACAGCAGAAUUCUGAUUUAGAACUUGUUUGUAAGCAAGCGCUUGAGGAGAAUAAAAAAUUGCAGACAUCAUCGAAAAAUCAGAAAUUAUCCUACGAAAAGCAGCAACAGAAUUUACAAGCGCAACAUACAAAAUUGAACGAUAUGGAGAUAAGGCGUGCCGAUGAUGUUGAAUGCUCAUUGGAAAGUCCAAAUAAAAAAUUAGAAGAACUUCGUAAAAUUGAGAGUGAAUCGAAUAAAAUUCAAACAAAAUGUCUCGAAUUAGAAGAUGUCGCAUUAGAUCAAGCUUCAUAUACAAUUGAACUUUUAGAGGAAAAAGUAGCGCAACUUGAGCAGGAAGUUGUAAUUCAGCUUCUCAAUUUUCUCGUUGAACGAUCCAGCAAGGAAUUGAUCUCGAUAGCAGCAAUUGAUCGUGAAACUUUGGAAACGUUACAAUCGAAUUUAGUCGCUGAAAAAUUAAAUACACAAAAAUUGUAUACAAUUUUGGAGAAAUUCGGAAUCGAACGCAAUACAAUUGUGAAAGAAGACGAAGUAAAAAGCUCAACUUUUCAGGAGGAAAUGAGAAUUUUGAAAAUCUACAAAGAUUAUUUUGAUCUUGAGAUAACCAAUCAGGAUAAAAAUUUUGUUCCACACAAAAUUUGUAGUUCCUGUUACACAAUAUUAACUCGUUGGAAUCAUAAAAAAGGGGAUAAACUAAAGUUUAUAAAGCCAACUUUGUGGGAAAAACCAUUAAAUCAAAAAGAUUGUUAUUUUUGCAACACCAAUGUGCAAGGAUAUAAUAACAAAAAUAAAAAGAACAUAUUGUAUGCUAAUGUCGACACUGUAAAAAAACCAGAAUUUUCAUGCAAUCCACCUUCUUCUCCCAAAACCUUGGAAAUUGACAGUUCAACUGAAGAUGUUCUAGAUUUUGAAAAUAAAGACAUGAGAACCGAUGAUGAGGACGACUAUUACCUUCCGUAUGAUGAACAGGAGAUAAAGAUUCGACAAACGUUUAACCAAGAAGAACUUAGCAAUCUCAUUAGAGAUUUAAAAUUGCCGAAGGAUUGUGCAGAACACCUAGCAUCAGUGUUGAAGAAGAAAAACUUGUUAUCAAAAGGCACAACAGUUAGCUUUUAUCGAGACAGAGAAAAAGAAUUCCGACAAUAUUUUACAAAAGAUGAAAAUCCGUCUGCAUUUAACGGAGCAGUUGUCGAAAAUUUUCUGGGUAAUCACAAGAGUGAAAAUUGGAAGCAAAUAGUUAGUGAUAUGAUUAAAAAUUUUGACUCGCAUCGGGAUCGAUUCCCUGAAAAUUUGGGAGAUUACAAUGAAGAACAAGGAGAACGAUUCCAUCAAGAUCUUAAAGAAUUUGAGCGUCGUUAUCAAGAAAGAUGGGAUGUAAAUAUGAUGUCCGACUACUGUUGGAUGCUGAAAAGGGAUAUUGUACCUGGAGGCACCAAUUUGAAACGAAAACCAUUACACAGAUCCUUUGAGGACAAAAGAGUGCGCUACCAUAAAAGGACGUGA